AUGCCUCUCGGGAUCAACAAUCCGCUCCCGUCGUCGAUGGGCAGCGAAUGCAAGAAGGCCGCAAAGAUUUUGACAUCCUUCGUGGACCCCAAGCAAGCCUUCGGUCCUGACAAGGUCAUUCCCCCGGAGAUCCUGGCCGGCGCAAAGGGUCUUGCAAUUCUUACCGUUCUGAAGGCCGGAUUCUUGGGCUCUGGUCGAUUUGGCUCCGGUGUCGUCGUCGCCCGUCUUGCCGAUGGCACUUGGUCCGCUCCAUCAGCCAUCGCGACUGCAGGUGCCGGAAUUGGAGGACAGAUCGGAUUCGAGUUGACAGACUUCGUUUUCAUUCUCAACGACGCCGCUGCUGUUCGCACAUUCUCGCAAUUUGGAACACUGACGCUCGGUGGUAACGUGUCACUCGCUGCUGGACCUGUAGGUCGAAAUGCCGAAGCAGCUGGAGCCGCCAGCACCAAGGGUGUCGCGGCCGUCUUCUCCUACUCCAAAACCAAGGGUCUCUUCGCUGGUGUCAGUUUAGAGGGUAGUAUGCUGGUAGAGCGCAAAGAUGCCAAUGAGAAAUUGUAUCGCAGUCGCGUCUCCGCCAACCAGCUGCUUACUGGCAGCGUCCGCCCACCACCAGCUGCUGAUGCUCUCAUGCACGUUUUAAACUCUCGUGUUUUCCAAGGAAACUCUAGGGCAUAUGGUGACGCCAUGUACAACGACGUGCCUGUUUAUGACGAGAGUCACGACGAUGUGGUCUGGGAGGGACGAAAAGGCGAGGCCUACGGCCAAGGCAGCCGGCGCGGCCGGUCCAACACCAACGGGGAUGAUGACUAUGACUACCGCGACAAGCCCCGUCGUGCAAACACGUGGGCUGAUGAUGUUUACGACCGGCCUGUUGGUCGCUCCGCGACAACCCGGGCACCUACCGGCGACAGUGGGCGCCACCGGAGCAACACCGCGCCGUUUGAAGAGGACUAUGUCUAUUCUGAUCGUCGACCUACGCGUCCAACUGCCCCUAAGCCGGUCUUCGGGCAAAAAACAGGUGCAGCCCAGAUGCGAUCAGAUCAAGCCGUUGCGCUCUACACAUUCGAUGCGGACCAAGAUGGUGAUCUUGGGUUCAAGAAGGGUGAAAUUAUUACGAUUGUCAAGCGUACAGAAAGUGCAGAAGAUUGGUGGACUGGUCGCAUUGGGGACCGCGUUGGCAUCUUCCCUAGCAACUAUGUCGAUGCCUCCUGA